AUGGCCUGUUCCUUCAGUCCAUCAAACGCUGUUGUGGCUUGUGGGUAAGUCUGCCUUUUUAGUUGUGCAUCUCUAGUGGCCUUGAUAAUAAAUGCACUGUUUACCCACUAUCUCCUGACGAGGACCCCGUCGUAAGGAAGAAGUUAGUCGCCACACAUAGCUCUUACUUAUCAUGUUGCCUCUUCAACAUGUCGGACCACCAGCUCUUAACUGGAAGUGGUGACAGUUCGUGUAUUCUAUGGGACGUUGAGUCUGGACAAAUGAUCCAAAGUUUCCACGGCCACGCUGGAGAUGUUAUGUGCAUUGAUAACUCUCCAUCAGAAUGUGGCAGAGUGUUCGUCUCUGGUGUGAGUUUUCCUAAGUUUUUCUGAUUACACAAGAUUUAGCGUUAUUUCCGCUUUAGACUUCGUCUUUUGUAGUAUUUUGGAAUGUCUUUGUAGACCAAUACUGACAUUUGCAUAUAGUGAUACCCCCUUUAGUUGCUUUCCCAAUGAUACGUAAAAGUUGCAUUUAUAAUUAGAUUGGACUUCCCACUGCCUCACAGACUGCUAAAAAUAAGGUGCACAUAACUUAAAAUUAAAAGACCACGUAAUGUACACGCUUACCUCCUUUUGGUUUGUUCUUAUUGAAACAUCUCAGCAUCCCGGGCUCCCACAUGUCAAAUUUGGGAAGUUUUGGAUGUGAAACUCAAGGUAAGACCUUUACAGUCCGGAAUUAAUGCGGAACGCUUCUUCAAACUAAAUACUAGAAAUUGCGCCAGAGAUCGAAAGGAGAGGAGAGGGUGUAGGGACCCCAUAGAAAGCUGAGUGGGAUGCGAUAAGGCGUGCCACUGACAGAAAAACUACAAACGCGCAGCACGGAGACAGUAAAGCCACAGAUAUAUGUUCACUGAGGAUGUAGGGCACUCUUUCGAUGUUUGAAAACAAAUGAAAAAUACCAAAAAGGAGGAUUUCUAAUUCUUAUAUUUAUAGGUGAAUACAAAAGAGACACUGCUAUGUGCGAAAAUUUAAGCUUUAGAAGACAGACAUCACAAAGCAAAGGGAGUAAAAAAUCCGAAAUUAAUUGGGAAUGGGAGCAAGUUUGUUUUACAAAUUCUCCAGAAUGUUUUUUCAGACUAUCACCAAAUAUAUAGCAAAUAUGUAGCAGAAAACCAAAUUCCAGUAUGCAUUGACUGCAGCACCUAAGCCGCUUGUGUUUGAAUAUGCGCCCGUCCAGCUGUGGAAGCCAUCCAACUGGACAUGACUAUUGACGUACGUCUCAUCUAAGGGCAUUAUUAUGCCGAAUUUACAAUUUUUCUUUGACGGGCGGCUACCAGUGAUUCGAAUUAUCUUCCUGGAAAGUGUUUGAAAUAUGUCCAUUGUGUACAUGACAGCGUAUGAUAACUGAGCUCUUUUACUUACAUUUAACUGCUAUUUAUACCUACCUCUAAAGGCGGAUUUGCCUGCUUGACUGCACCGGAGAUGCCUUGUGGCCUGACGACAACUAGAAGCUAGUUCAAGUCUGUAGGUUCUCAUUUCUCGGGUUCGUCUUGGCCUUCACGCGGAGCCUACUGUUCGGCCCUAUGACGAAUUUCAUUUAUUUUACUCUUGAGCACACGUGAUUAUAUAACUUGUCUGGAUGUACGUGAAAAUGUGGACUACGAAUACUGUACAAAAGGGAUAUAGGUCCAUCUUUUUCUUUCUAUUAACUGUCUUGUGCUUUGUCGCGACCUAGCCGAAACGUCGUUCCCACAAGAGUGGACUGAUCAAACAUUUCUGACUGAAUUUAUGUCACAUAUUCUGUGAUGAAUAAGGUAGAGUUGUCAGAUAUUGGACGAGGUACAGGAAUCAGAGAAGCUAAGUGGACGAAAGUUUUGAGAAAGCACAGAAGCGUUGUUUGGGACUUUUGAAAACUGGAAAUAGUUAUCGCAUCGCCACUUAAAAGACAGUACGCAUGGUUUUGUCGGUGUUAUUGCGAGUGCUGACCAGUUCGAAGGAGGCCUGGUUCUGUCGGGCUUAGAGUUUUUUAUAAUUCAUGAAUAAAAGUCGGUUUCUUCAAGCAACUUCUAUCAGGUUGUUCGCAUGUGCUGGGUGGUGAUUAAACAAACUAAGGCAAGAUUUUUCAGAAGGUGAUGGUGUAUGGAGUCCGAUUCUAAUGCCCCCUAGAUAAUGAUAUACUUCGAUUGGCGAGAUUACAAUACCAUUCGAUGGAUAUUUGCUGUCUUGAAAAUCGAUGUGCGCCUCUAGCCGUCCACACGAAACGUUUAGGCGUAUAAAAACGGUAUGUCUUUAUUAAAACGGUCCACCCUUCGGCCUUUGUGCAAUUUUCAUAGCUUUUCAGAAGAACAGUUACAAAUCCUUAUUUUUUCCGUGAUUAUAAAUAAAGUUGAAGCACUUAUACAAAUAAACUGCUAUUUUAACAAAUAAUAAAAUUUCGUAGCCAGUUCUACUUCAUCGUCUCAGAUCUUAUUUCGUAUUUGCUUGUGUUUUGAAGAGUUUCCUGGUGUUUAUUGUUUACGAGAGAAAUGCUAAGGGGCUACUACCUCUGACCACAAGACACGAGACUAUUCAGGACAAUAACAGGUAGAAUCUGUCACAUUGUUUUGUAGUCUUCUCAGUGACAAGCCACUGCUGGUUUUCAGCCUAGCAUCCAGACCGCCAAAUCGGUCUUCUAAUCAGAAAGCGUGCUUUAACUAAGGCAUCGCUGAUUGCAAUGUUGUUUUUUUUAAAUUUUCUACUUUUUGAGAACGUCUACGCAAACCCGAAAGUCGAUUAUGAAAAAUAAGACGUCAAAAUGCUUAAGGUUGAGCCUAUGAAACUUGAAAAAACCCCAGUUUUAUCGGAUUUUAAGGCCAAUACUAUAGCAGAAAUAUAUCAAAUGACACCUUAAAAAAACUUACGUUUAAUUACCCAUGUCUACGUCUUUGCUGCGAAUAUCCAGACUUUCAAGGCAGCAACAUCUGCAAUUUUAAUGCUUCUGUUUGUUUCUUUACCUCGGCAAGAAAGUGUUUCAAACCAGCUCCUAUCCGAAAUUUAAUAUUUAAAGCACAUCUAUCGUCUCACCCAUUUGCGUGGGAUUCUUACGAAUUCGCUCGUGAAAAUGUCCUCAGUUAGGAAAUGAUAGCAAUAAUGGUUCCUUCCUAUUUGUAUUGUUACAAAAUUUCCUAAAUUACGCGACAACCUGGAAUUGGGGCCUAAAAUUUAGCUUAGAUUUGAUGUUUCUUCGCCCAGCAACAUAGAACAGUGUCCUUAUUAAUAGGAAUGACUUUCUGUAUCCACGAAAAUGCUUCCUGCACAAGAACCAUCGAAUGUCGAUACGAAAUUUUUAGCUCCUUUUAGUGAUAUUGUUUUUGAUAAGUUUCACUUAUUGGUAGGAGUUCUCCCAUACUGACCCAUCCGGACUGAGUGUUACUUGCCGAUAAGGGACGAAAUAUUAAACAAUAGUACCUGCUCGCGUAUACUUGCCAUAUAUAAAAUAAAGUCCAUAUUUCAAGGUUUUUAUUGGGGAAAUCAAGGCAAGAGUUGUGCAUGUCGGUAGGAGGACUGCUGUGCAACAAUGCUUUGACAAAUUUGGAGUAUAAGUGGAGUAAAUUGCGGAAAGAAAUUGGCAGCGAAUUCAGCCUUAAGCUACGCCCUGCAAAUAAAACUACAAGCAUACUAUAUUUUAAGGAGGAUCUAUUGCCCUUGCAGCUAGGUAAUUAUGAAAUUCCACAUCUUAUUGCCUCUACUUUAUUUUCGGACCUCCAACUUGUUUUGAACUGUUUGCGGACGUUUCAAAACGAUAGCGUUUCACAACCUAGGUAGCACCCGAUAUGGGACAGAAUCUUCUAGCUACAUUUGUGCGAGGAAACCAGAGUGCCCUUAUGCAGGUCAGGUGGAAAUGAAAGGGACAACAGGGCGCAGGACAUAAAAUGAACUCGAUGACGCGAUGACGAUUUCGUCCUUUGGCAUUCAGCCAGUCUUUGAAAGUUUGUCAGACCCAUGCUGAUUUUGUCCGCAAAUAUAAACGUUUAUGGCGGCCUACGCGGUGUCUAAGUUUUGUAAGAAUACUAGUGUAAGACUUCCUAGCCGUGAAGUGAGAAGGCGCCGGAUAAUCCAACAACUAUUCAAUGCUUUUCAGGCAGCCGCUAGUGUUCAAUGUUUGGGAGACUGUAAACUCCGUCAGGCAUAAGCACUAUAGGAACGAAAAGAUUUUGGAGACACGCAAUGCUCAAAGCAAGACGAAGAUCUGGAUUUCUGACUUUUUAUCCCUUACUUCUUCAUGCACUUACAAGAUUAAUUUACUCAAUUUUUUGUUUGUAGAAAUCUCAGACAAAGUUCAACCAUUGAAACUCGUAGCUUGUAUCAAGACAGUCUGUGUUACGGAACAUUCCCAAAAGCGGAAAAUGUUAUAUUAAAAAGUGUUUAAAAUGAAUACACAAAAAUUAACAUUUAAAGGAAUCCCUGCACAUGGCAGGUCGCAGGGGAAAUCGAUAAAAAUUAAUCCCGUUUGAACCUUUACUGACUUAUCGGUUAAACUGUCAAAUCCACAUUAGGUUGUACAGUGUUAUGAGGCUAUGCUCUACUUGCACAAGCACCGAAUUUCAUGUACCAUCUGAGGAUUUUUGUAUGUUUUUUGCCGGUUUGGUACCUUCAGCUCUUGCUAUUAUCCUCGUAUAGAGUUCUGAUCGGUGCGCGAACGUGUGGGAUAUGCGGAGUGGUCAGUGCGUGCAAGUUUUUCAGGGACACGAGUCAGAUGUCAAUGCUGUUCGGUUUUUCCCCAGUGGUGACGCUUUCGCCACCGCAUCGGAUGAUGCUACGAUUCGGCUUUUCGAUCUCCGCACAGAUCGAGAAUUGUGCGUGUAUAAAAAGGACAGUGUUAUUUUCGGUUGCAAUGCUGUGGACUUCUCUCUCAGUGGUGAGUCCACCAGUCGCCUCCUUAAUGGUUCAUCCCCACCCGUUUCCCCUCCCCCUUCAUUGAACUUUAAUGCCGCUAGAAGAUCUGGCGAGCUCGCUAAAUAUUUUCCGUUCAAGAAAAAGGGCUAGAUGUAGGUCACCAUUUGAAAGACAAUUAUACAUGUUUUUUUUUCAGGUGAAGAAAAACUUGUGUUACCCAGCAAUAUCUUAAAAUUUUACAGGUCGGCUCAUAUUUGGUGGCUACAAUGAUCACGUUUUGAACGUAUGGGAUGUGUUGAAGGGCAAACGUGUGUCCAUUCUCUAUGGACAUGAAAACCGGGUCUCUUGUUUGCGAACAAGUCCUGACGGUAACGCCAUUUGCACAGGCAGUUGGGACACUACGCUGCGGGUAUGUGCCUCUUUUGCGGUUUUGUGAAGUGUCAUUUUGCUUAUGUGUACAUACGUGCGCGUGCUGACUUAAAUUUUGAUCUGAUCCUGUGGAUAUCUCAUUCGAAUAGCACCACACCGCGUUGUCGAGGUUUCCGACACUUUGCCUGAGUGGUAGCGAUGCCGCCAACUGUAAGGGACGUGCCAGGAAAUUCGGACCCACCUAGGCAAUAUUUUCGUGGACUUGAUGAAAGCCCUGAACAUAGUGGAUUGCGAUAAGUUGUGGAAAAUCAUACAGAAAUUCAGCUGUCCUGAGCCAUUCACGUGCAUGGUACGACGGGGUUAUGGCGCGCGUCACAGACAAAGGGACCGUCUCAGAAAAAUUUGCAGUAACGAAGGGAGUGAAGCAGGGCUGCGUACGCGUCCCCACCCUCAUCGGUCAAAUUUUUCCAGCCACGCGGAUGGGAGCCUACCGCGAUGAGUACCCCGAGAUCCCCAUCGUCUACAGAACCGAUGGCCAUCUUCUGGACAGCCGGCGCAUGAAGGCCUCAGCAAGUUUCUCCACGAUUACUAUUCACGGCCUGCUGCUUGCUGACGACUACGGACACAACACUGAGAAAAAUUGACGCGCAAAGGAGCGUGGAACUCUUCGCCCCCGGCUGCGCCGACUUCGACCUGACAAUAAAACAAACGGUGUUCGUACAACAACCGUCACCCAACGCGGCAUACAGUGCUCUUGGCAUACAUGUCAUUGGUACCCAACUGAAUACCGUGAACGAAUUUGCCUGCCUAGGUGGCGCAAUCUCACGCUGCAUCAAAAUAGACGGCGAAGUAGCCCAACGGAUAUUUCAAGCCAGCCAAACAUCGGCCGGCUGCAGAACUCCGUACGGAAUCGUCACGCUCUCUUCCUCGCCAACAAACUAGAGGUGUAGAACGCAGUCAGCUUAAAGAAGCUGUUGUAUGGCGCGAAGACUUGGAUGGUCUAAGAGAAACAAGGCGGGAACUGAAUCACUUCCACCUCAUUUGUCUCCGACAGAUGCUAAGGCCGGGGCGACAGGACAGGAUCCCAAGGACAGCAGAUUUAAGAUGAACCGGCAUCCUCAGAAUCCACAUCAUGCCGAGGCAACUGCAACUAUAAUGGAGCGGCCACCUCGUGAGAAGAGACAACGAAUGUAUGCCAAAGAAACUCUUCUACGUAGAUGUCUCUACUGACAAGGAGCUCAAGCCCAUCGUUAUAAGGACCUCGUGGAGGAUUCCUUGAAGUGACUACAGAUGAACCCGAAGAUUUGAAAUGAACUCGCACAGGACCGGCUGGCCGGGAGAAAAGCAGUGAAGACUGGAGCGGCUAUCUGUGAAGCCAAUCAGAUCGCCAAUGCAAAGCCAAAAGGGAAGGUUGCAAGUCUCAGGCGCCUCUGAACCGAAACGCCGACCACCAACCCUUCCCGCAAUGUCCGCGAUGUCAACGAACAUUCCGCGCGCAAAUCGGCCUCCAAUACACAAACGGCCCGACAACCCCAAAUACUGCCUCUUCGAUCGCGCCUUCUGCAACCCCUCAUGGCGUCUACGACGACGCCCAUCCUGAUCACCGGCGCCGAGAAUCCUCAUGCCGUGCCGUCGUCGGUCACAGCCAUCUACAUCAUCUCUGCCGCAAACUCAGCGACGUCAACGACGACGACGGCGGUCACCACCACAGCUCUCACUGCCGCUACCGGUCGAAACGCCACCGACAGCCCGUAAACCACCACCAUUGCCAUUACCACUCCCGCCUUCAGCGGGGGGCUCGGUCCCAACCCGUCACCAUUGUGAUCGCACAUUCACCUCACGCAUCAGUCUGGUCGGUCGCUUGCGAAUCCAUCUCACUGCGACAGUCGGGCAGUGCCAAAAGCCCCACAUACACUCACCACAUCCGCCAUCACCGUCCACAUAUGUUCAUUAAUCACACAUGCAUAUCCACAACAGCAGAAUUCACCGCAAUAUCGAUACAAACAACGCAUCUUGCGCAUCCACCAACCCUCACAUCCCCAGUCCUAUCGCCUCGCCAUCGACCAGCGCUCCCAGCAUUAACAGAACUACACCGACAACCGAUCUAACACCUCUCAACCUAUCCUGCCCACAUUGCGGCCGCACGCCCCACCUCACGCAUCGGUCUGGCUAGUCACUUGCGAAUUCACGUCGCACAGAAUUUGCGAACCGGUGCCUGGAACACCGACAAACACCAGACGCCAUCGUCUCAACUGCUCGCAUCGCUCCCGCGCAUUCAGCCAUCACGUGAGCCUAUUCGGCCACGUGCGCCCCUGUGGAAACCUGCGUUAAAUUACCGCGAACAUGACUAAAUCACCACACAUUCCCCAAUCAACAUAUGAAUACCGCCAACACCCCACAUCGCCAGCAUCUCCCACGUAAGUGGGAAGUGCGCUUUUCGGCUCCAUUAUCCAUUUGAAUUCUCCGUUAUAUGUGAGAUCGGAGCCUCCCACCCUCUGAGCGAAAUUCCAAUGCGUGGACUUGUGAGUCAGGUCGCGUGUGCGGCACGCGCAUUCGGGCUCUCCGGUUCUGUCAGCCACUGCGUCCAUUUCCCACACCAGACAUCUGGCCGGCUCAGACAGUGGCUGGAGCAUGGGAAAGGGAGAGUGAGGUCGACGUCUCAGCGCACAUUAUUCUCUACAGACAAGCGGACACGCUAAAAGCUAUCACGACGCGCAAAAAUCCGUGGCUUGGGAGGUUGCCAACUGAAGGAACAACUCGGAGGUCAUAGUCAGUUCGAUUUGUGUUUGUGUGAGUUGGUGGACCGGUGAACUGAGAGUCAGGCUGCAAUGAAUCCUGCUUACUGUGGGCUUUAUGGCACUCACAUCAAGUGGGACCAGAGCCGACCCCCUCUUCGCUUAUUAUGCGUGAAAUACUGGUCAGUGUGCGUUAUGGACCGGAGAGUGUGUUGGCACAUUUGGGUGUGGGUUUUCGCUGUGCCAGCCACCUUUCCGGCCUCCGGUUUUCAUGAUUCUGUCUUGAUACUGGGUAUAGACGCUGGGAAGAGAGUGCGGUAGGUGCGGCGCAAGUCUAUAGGCACUCUGACGCAUGUGAGGAGUGUGUGUGUGUGUGUUUAUACAUGGGUAGUGUCUCUCAGUCGAUGACUGACUGGUUACUCGACCGUUGAGGGGUAAUGGUCCAGAUUUAAUGCACGGUUGCCCCUCACCCCUCUGAGCCUUAACGAUUGAAUGCGUCUUCUAUGCCAUGAUCCAACAAACUAUAGCCCUCGCACUAUAGCCCUGUGCACUGGCAACUCUCGGACACCUGGUCUCCUGCCGUUAGAUGUGCUUGCGCUCUCGCUGGGUCGUGUGCACGUUUGCCUGGUCACCCUCUUCCUCUUUCUGUUGUGUCGCUGUCAGUAAAAAUCCUGGUCAAGUGUUUCUUGUGGACCACGGGCUGUUGUGGUGCGCCUAGGUGCUGGUCCGGCCGUACCAGCCACCUACGCCCUCUCCCGCCUCCGGUCUCCUUGACUAUGUCUCGACAUCGGGUCGAGGAGAAGAGGAGAGUGCGGUAAAUGCUGCACAAGUCCGAAUUCACUAUAAACUAAAUCACCCCAAGUCAUCAUGCCUGCUCUCACCUUGCUGUGAAGCACACGGUGGACAUCGUCGGUCACGACGAUCGAACUGUCAUAACCAUGCCGAACCGCACCCGCAACGAGGUUCCCCAUUUCUGUUGUUGUCUAAAAUCCUGGUCAAGUGCUUGAUGUGGACCAGGGGGUGGUGGUGCGCCUAGGUGUUGGUCCGGCCACCUACGCUCUUCCUCCGCCUCCGGUCUUCUUGACUAUGUCUCGACACCGGGCCCAGGCGGGGGAAGAGGAGGGUGCGGUAGACUUUGCGCAAGUCCACUACCACUGUAAACGAAUUCGCCGUCCCUGCUCUUAGCCUGCUGUGCUAGAUGUCGAAAUCGACGGUCGAACUGCAUAUGGAUGCCGUGGUGAUGACAACCCUUGGCAAAUGAUUUCAAAGACUGUCUAAAAGGGUGACUUUGCCGGUAUGCUUUCUUCACUUACGAAACCACUAACAGCUUUAAAAUUUCAGUCGAGGCUUGGCCAUUCACACGAGUCAUGUAGAACCAUCGAGUAAGAGAAAAUUAUCUCACGGAAUGCAAAAAAUCCGUUAAAACAGUCACCUAACACUCUCUUCCACACUCUUGCCAACUGCCAGUCUCGCAUACGAAUGCUGAAAGAACCACAAAGGAGCAAACGCCAAAUCUUUGAAGGACGCAACUGCCUGCUGUUUUGUAAUCAGAAUAAUGUGUGAAGCGGCUAUUCAGGUCGGUCCCCGUAUCUGCUACCUACCAGGGGCAUCCCCAAAUGCCCUUACUACUCAGUCGGUCGGUUGCUUACAGUCUAACCAAUCUGACCGGAGCGUCAGUGGUCAGUACUGUAAUGACGCCAUACCGCAUGAGGGCACGAAAAGCUUACACAACUUCGCGCUACAUGGGUCCUGUUAGAAGGUUCCUGUGGAUGCCCGGUGCACGUGGUAUAUUCCCACCAAACUUUGCGUUUCACUCACUUGUCUCUGUUUCGAUUCUUGUUUAGAGCUCGCGAGAUCCAUGCGACCGAUGCAUUCGUUCCUCUCGGAAUUUCUUUUUUAUGGGGUAUAAACGCGAAGGAAUUUACCUGCUGAUUUUUUGUGGUUUGGAAAAUGAGUCUUAAUUUCUGAAAUCGUAGUUGAGGUCAUGGCAGGCGGUCACAUUUUUCGAUCGAUCGACCAGAUCGAUAUAGCUGGGAAAGACCAAUAUUCUUAUCUUUUGCUUAUUCUCCAACAUCAACUAGCCAUACCCUGGGCCGAGAAAAACCUGGACUUUAAUUUGAGGCCGUCGUUACUAGGUUAGCUGGAGUUUUUUAUUUAAGCACUUGCUAAUUUAGGGCCACUUUUGUCAGCCGAGUGGGAGUAGUUAAACCAGUACUGGCCUUCUGCUGGGUCGAUCGGGCUGGUUUUUAUAAUGAGACCACUGGCAUGAAUAGCUGUCCAUGGAAGUUGGUAUUACUGGCUACAUUCGCGCUUAUCCGACUCGAUCCUUUCCCCAGUAUUUUAUAUUACCUGCUAAUGCUGCGCACCUUUGGCGCGUAGCAGUUUGAGUGCGGCGCUACUGCCUCUGUGCAAAUUUGAAAUACCACACCUACUUAAAUUUCGUUUUUCCGUAUUGUCAUGAUUAACCAAGGUUACUGCUCUAUUUUAUUUUUUCUCAGGUAUGGGCGUGA